AUGUUACGACGUCGGGCACGCAACCAUGCGCUUCAGCAGCCGUCGACCGUCAUGCACGCUGCCGACGACCAUCUCCCGUGGUACAAAGAUGCCGGCAUGUGGAAGAUGAUGCUUUUGAUGGUUAUGAUAUAUCUGACGCAGGUUUGCACGGGCUACGAUGCCACGUUGACUUCGAACCUGCAGAGCUUUACCAGAUGGAAAGAAGAUAUGGGCUCGCCAACCUCGUCCCAGCUCGGUCUCAUCAGCGCCAUAUACUUCAUAGGUUGCUUAUGUGGCAGCAUCCCAGCAGCUUUGCUCACUGAUCGAUUCGGUCGUAAAUGGGGUCUCGCAGCUGGCCAGUUCCUCACAAUCGUUGGGGUAGGCUUCCAGGCCGGCUCUCACGGACGCGGCCAGUACAUGGGCUCUCGUUUCAUUCUGGGUUUCGGCAUCGCCUUCGUCACCUGUGCCGGGCCAACCUUCCUCAGCGAGCUGGCACACUCGCGCAUGCGUGGAACGUUGGUGAGCUUCUUCAACCCGUUUUGGUAUCUGGGAUCCAUCAUCGCCGCAUGGACGUGCUUCGGUACAAGCUUCAUGGCUGCUACGGAUCACUGGGCCUGGCGGAUACCAUCGCUGCUGCAGGCGCUGUUUCCGUGCUUGGUCCUUCCGUGCAUCUACUUCGCGCCGGAGAGCCCUCGAUGGCUCGUAUCUCGAGGCCGCAAAGCAGACGCCGAAGCUGUGCUUGCCAAGUAUCACGGCAACGGAGACCGAAAGCACCCUGUCGUCGUCGCCCAGCUCGCUGAGAUCGAGCUGGCGCUCAAUCAAGCUCAGGAGGGCAUAACGUGGAAGGCGCUGCUUACCCGCAAGCCGAACCUGCACAGGCUGAGCAUUGUCGUGACCAUGACUUUGAUGGCGCUCUGGUGUGGUCAGAACAUCAUCACCUACUAUUUCUCGCCGAUCCUGAAGAGUGUCGGCAUCACAGGGACAACCCGACACGAUCAACGGCGGCCUCAACAUAGCCAACCUCAUCUCCUCGCUCAUCGGGGCCAUGCUUUCCGACCACAUGGGCUGCCGCAAGCUCUGGAUGACGUCCUUCGUCGGGAUGAUCGCUUCUUCGUGCCCUUUAUCGCCCUUAGCGCUGUCUACGCGCAAACGACAAAAGCAAGCUACGGCUACGGCGUGGUCGUCUGUCUCUUCUGCUUCGACAUCAUGUACAACGUCGCAUGCAACCCGCUGCUGUACUCGUACCCGACAGAAAUCAUGCCCUUCUUCAUGCGCAGCCGAGGUCUCGCUGUCAAAAAUUUGGUCGGCCAGGUAGCGUUGAUAAUUAACAUGUACGUCAAUCCGAUCGCGCUCGCUUCGAUAGAGUGGCGUUACUACUUUGUCUUCUUGGUGUUGGACUGCUGCUGGCUCGCUGGGAUCUACUUUGGCUUCCCGGAGACGAAGGGCUACUCCCUGGAAGAGCUGUCGUCGCUCUUCGAGGCUACGCCGGCGGUGGUGCUGCUUGGGCAGAAAGUGGGAGAUGAUGGCGAGGUAGAUGCUGAGAUGGUGACGCAUACUGUGAAGGCGAAGGGCACAAAGGAGUAG